GAUCCCCCCGUCCCCCUCAGAUCCAGCCGCCGCCGCCGCCGCCUUCUCCCACCGGCGGCGCCAUGGAGAAGCCGAGCACGCUGCUGGUCCACUUCGACAAGGGCUCCGCCGCGAUGGCGAGCGAGAUCAAGGCGGAUCUCGAGGGCAGCGACGUGGCCGCCAAGGUCGACGCCAUGAAGCGCGCCGUCAUGCUGCUCCUCAACGGGGAGGCGCUCCCCCAGCUCUUCAUCACCGUCGUUCGCUACGUGCUCCCCUCCGAGGACCACACCAUCCAGAAGCUGCUGCUGCUCUACCUCGAGAUCAUCGACAAGCGCGACGCCUCCGGGAGGGUGCUCCCGGAGAUGAUCCUCAUCUGCCAGAACCUCCGCAACAACCUGCAGCACCCCAACGAGUACAUCCGGGGGGCCACCCUCCGCUUCCUCUGCCGCCUCUCCGAGCCCGAGGUGCUGGAGCCGCUCGUGCCGUCCAUCCUCGAGAACCUCGAGCACCGCCACCACUUCAUCCGCCGCCACGCGCUCUCUGCGAUCUCGGCCAUCUACCGCCUCCCGCACGGCGACCAGCUCAUCCCCGACGCGCCCGAGCUCGUGGAGCGCGUCCUCGCCUCGGAGCAGGACGCGUCCGCGCGCCGGAAUGCGUUCCUCAUGCUCUGCGCCUGCGCGCAGGAGAAGGCCGUGGCGCACCUGCUCUCCAAUGCGGACCGCGUGGCCGAGUGGCCUGACGUCCUGCAGAUGGUUGCCGUCGAUCUCAUCCGCAAGGUCUGCCGUUCCCCGAACCGCGCCGACAAGGGGAGGUAUAUCAAGAUCAUAAUCUCCCUUCUGUCAUCUCCCAGCGCGGCUGUUGUGUAUGAGUGCGCUGGUGCUCUUGUGUCACUCUCCUCAGCACCCACUGCUGUGCGUGCUGCUGCAAACACAUACUGUGAGUUGCUAUCGUCGCAGAGCGACAACAAUGUGAAGCUCAUUGUCCUGGAUCGGCUGAAUGAGCUGCGCACCUCACACCGUGAUGUGAUGGUGGAUGUGGUGAUGGACGUGCUGCGGGCGCUCGCCAGCCCGAACUUGGAUGUCAAGAAGAAGGUGCUGGAUUUGGUACUUGAUCUGCUCACCGCUCGUAAUGUGGAGGAGGUAGUUCUUUACCUCAAGAAGGAGGUGGUCAAGACACAGGCAGGGGAACUUGAGAAGGGUGGUGAAUACCGCCAGAUGCUAGUGCAGGCGAUCCAUGCCUGUGCCGUGGAGUAUCCAGAGGUGGCAGGGUCGGUGGUGCACCUCCUCAUGGAUUUCCUUGGUGACACUAAUGUUGCUGCAGCAGUUGAUGUUGUGUUGUUUGUGCGUGAGAUCAUUGAGACAAAUCCAAAGCUGCGUGUAUCCAUGAUCCAGAGGUUGAUCGAUACAUUCUAUCAGAUCCGGGCAUCCCGUGUAUGCUCAUGCGCCCUGUGGAUCCUUGGGGAGUACUCCCUCUCGUUAUCAGAGGUUGAGAAUGCUAUUUCUACCAUUAAGCAAUGCCUAGGGGAUCUACCAUUCUACACGAUAUCAGAGGAAGGGGAGGCAACUGACUCGGCCAAGCCAGCGCAGCCAGUGGUGAAUUCUGUCACUGUGUCUUCUAGGCGACCUGUUGUUCUUGCAGAUGGCACUUAUGCCACACAGAGUGCUGCUACUGAGUCCAUUUCUACCCCAUCAGUUGCUCCUGGGUCAUUAUCAUCAAACCUGAAUCUCAGGUCACUCAUUCUGUCAGGCGAUUUCUUCUUGGCUGCCGUUAUUUCCUGCACCCUGACCAAACUUGUAUUGAGGCUGGAGGAGGUUCAGCCAUCAAAGGUUGAAGUGAACAAGGCUUGUACUGGGGUGUUGCUGAUCAUGACAUCCAUUGUGCAGCUGGGACAAUCAUCAUACCUUCCGCACCCAAUUGACAAUGAUUCAUAUGAUAGGGUAGUGCUUUGUGUGAGGUUGCUUUGCAAUACUGGUGAUGAUGUCAGGAAGGUCUGGUUACAGUCAUGUAGGCAGAGCUUUGCAAAGAUGCUUGCUGAGAAGCAGUUCCGGGAGACAGAGGAGAUGAAGGCAAAGGCACAGAUCUCUCAUGCUCAACCAGAUGAUCUUAUUGAUUUCUACCACUUGAAGAGCAGAAGGGGCAUGAGCCAGCUUGAGUUGGAAGAUGAGGUCCAAGAUGACUUGAAGGCUGCAACUGGUGGGUUCACCAAAGACGCAGAUGAUGCAAGCAAACUUAAUCGCAUUCUUCAGUUGACUGGAUUCAGUGAUCCUGUAUAUGCUGAAGCAUUUGUGACAGUUCAUCAUUAUGAUAUCGUACUUGACGUUACUAUCAUUAACCGUACGAAAGAGACACUUCAGAACUUGUGCUUAGAAUUGGCUACAAUGGGGGACCUCAAACUUGUUGAUCGCCCCCAGAACUACACAUUGGCUCCUGAGUCAAGCAAACAAAUCCGUGCUAAUAUCAAGGUUUCAUCGACGGAGACUGGAGUAAUAUUUGGGAACAUAGUUUACGAAACUUCAAAUGUGAUGGAGCGAUCUGUAGUUGUGCUAAAUGAUAUUCACAUUGACAUCAUGGAUUAUAUCUCACCAGCGACGUGCGCUGAUGUCACUUUCCGGAACAUGUGGGCAGAAUUUGAGUGGGAAAACAAGGUUGCAGUGAAUACCAUUAUUCAGAAUGAGAAGGAAUUUUUAGAUCAUAUCAUUAAGUCAACAAACAUGAAGUGUUUAACACCACCAUCUGCGCUUGACGGAGAAUGUGGUUUUCUCGCCGCAAACCUUUAUGCAAAGAGUGUUUUUGGCGAAGAUGCAUUGGUAAACAUCAGCAUCGAGAAGCAGGUUGAUGGCAAGCUCAGUGGUUACAUCAGAAUAAGGAGCAAGACCCAGGGAAUAGCACUCAGCUUAGGAGACAAGAUUACCCUUAAGCAGAAGGGAGGCAGUUAACCGCCUUAACCGUGUCAGUUGUACCAUCAUUUUUUAGUGAAUUCCACGUGACAGUGGGAUUGAAUUAAGUAAAGAAGUUUUUGUACAAAAGAUCAAAGAAACGAAAGAGAGAGACAAGUUCCCUGUUUCAAAGUGCUCCAGAGCUUUAGAGAAGGGCAUGGUCUAGUUCCAUCAGGACUGCCCCUUGGCCUGCAAUCGGAAGUGUUCAUUGUACGUGUUUUGAUAAAAAUGACGAUUUAGAAAAUAGAUGUGAAGUUUUAUGUUGAUUCUUAACAGGUGGUAGAGCAAUUGUGGUCUUAUAAUACGGCCCCCGUUUAUCAUCUUUGCCCCGUCUCCAUUUUCUUUUAAAUGUUAAAAAAGAGGUAUAUCAUACUUCAUUAUUGUUUCAAUAA